AUGGGCCUCUCCCACGAAAGUUGGCCGUCUCAUCUGCCGUCAGCCUUCACUGCUGGCUCUCCCUUCCUUCUUUCUUCAGCUCAUCCAUGUGGUGUGCCCUCCUGGCUGGCCUCCUUUGGACGUGGUCCUUGCUUUCAGCCAGUACUGCUCUGCCAGGGGACUCAGGAGACUUUGUCAAAUGCGUUGCUGAAACCCGAGGAAGAGAUUGAAGGGAGCAGUGGAAAUACAGAACCCUUUUCACUGGGGUCCCUGAGGAAUGGCCACCUGGGCAUUUGUGCAGCUCUUCCAGGCUCAGGGGGUGGGGAGGCCGGUCUACUGCCUGCGCUCCCUCGACACCCCACACAUCACAUCUCUGUGCCCUUCUUUUGGGGUGCUCCCAUUGCAAGGAGCCUGGCCUCCAGAAAGGAUCUGACCACCUUGGGGGAGAAGGGUGUGGCCUCAGGGGUCAGGAGAGCUCGAGGACUUUGUCCAAGGCCAGGACAAGGUCUGCUAAAGGCAACACUUGGUUUCUGUUCUUUUUCAGGCAAGAGUAAGGAGGCGGAGAUCAAAAGGAUAAACAAAGAACUGGCCAAUAUCCGAUCGAAAUUCAAAGGCGACAAGGCGCUCGAUGGCUACAGCAAGAAGAAGUACGUGUGCAAGUUGCUCUUCAUCUUCCUCCUGGGCCACGACAUCGACUUUGGCCACAUGGAAGCCGUGAACCUGCUGAGCUCCAAUCGCUACACGGAGAAGCAGAUUGGCUACCUUUUCAUCUCUGUCCUAGUGAACUCCAACAGUGAGCUGAUCCGCUUGAUCAAUAAUGCUAUCAAGAAUGACCUGGCAAGCCGGAACCCCACCUUCAUGGGGCUGGCUCUGCACUGCAUCGCCAAUGUGGGCAGCCGGGAGAUGGCCGAAGCCUUUGCUGGAGAAAUCCCCAAGAUCCUGGUGGCCGGAGAUACCAUGGACAGCGUCAAGCAGAGCGCGGCCUUGUGUCUGCUACGCUUGUACAGGACGUCCCCGGACCUCGUGCCGAUGGGUGAUUGGACCUCCCGGGUGGUGCAUCUCCUCAAUGACCAGCACUUGGGUGUGGUAACUGCCGCUACCAGCCUGAUCACCACACUAGCGCAGAAGAACCCAGAAGAGUUCAAGACCUCUGUUUCCUUAGCGGUUUCCAGAUUAAGCAGAAUCGUGACGUCCGCCUCGACGGACCUCCAGGACUACACUUACUAUUUUGUGCCAGCUCCCUGGCUGUCAGUGAAGCUUCUGCGGCUGCUACAGUGCUACCCACCCCCAGAAGACCCUGCAGUGCGGGGCCGCCUCACUGAAUGUCUCGAGACGAUCCUGAACAAAGCCCAGGAGCCCCCCAAGUCCAAGAAGGUGCAGCAUUCGAACGCCAAGAACGCCGUGCUCUUUGAGGCCAUCAGCCUCAUCAUCCACCAUGACAGUGAACCCAAUUUGCUCGUCCGUGCCUGUAACCAGCUGGGUCAGUUCUUACAGCACAGAGAGACGAAUCUCCGGUACCUGGCGCUGGAAAGCAUGUGCACCCUAGCCAGCUCAGAGUUCUCCCACGAGGCUGUGAAAACCCACAUAGAGACGGUCAUCAACGCCUUGAAGACGGAGAGGGAUGUGAGUGUGCGGCAGAGAGCGGUGGACCUCCUCUACGCCAUGUGUGACCGCAGCAACGCCCAGCAGAUCGUUGCCGAGAUGCUCAAUUACCUGGAGACGGCCGACUACUCCAUCAGGGAAGAGAUUGUCCUGAAGGUGGCCAUCUUGGCCGAGAAGUACGCCGUGGACUACACCUGGUACGUGGACACCAUCUUGAACCUGAUUCGAAUUGCCGGGGAUUAUGUCAGCGAGGAGGUGUGGUACCGCGUCAUUCAGAUCGUGAUCAACCGGGAUGAUGUGCAGGGCUACGCGGCCAAGACCGUGUUUGAGGCUCUUCAGGCCCCGGCUUGCCAUGAGAAUUUGGUCAAAGUUGGCGGCUAUAUCUUGGGGGAGUUUGGAAACUUGAUCGCGGGUGACCCGAGGUCCAGCCCCCUCAUCCAGUUUAACCUGCUGCACUCCAAGUUCCAUCUGUGCAGCGUGCCCACGCGCGCCCUGCUCCUGUCCACCUACAUCAAGUUCGUGAAUCUCUUUCCUGAGAUCAAGACGACGAUUCAGGACGUCCUGCGCAGUGACAGCCAGCUCAAGAAUGCCGACGUGGAGUUGCAGCAGAGGGCCGUGGAGUACCUGAGGUUGAGCACCAUUGCCAGCACGGACAUCCUGGCCACGGUGCUGGAGGAGAUGCCUCCGUUCCCAGAGCGGGAGUCGUCCAUCCUAGCCAAGCUGAAGAAGAAGAAAGGCCCCAGCACGGUCACGGACCUGGAGGAAACCAAGAAAGAGAGGAGUGCGGACAUGAACGGGGGCGCCGAGCCAGCGCCGGGCAAUGCCAGCACUGUGUCCACUCCUUCUCCAUCUGCGGACCUCCUGGGUCUGGGCACUGGCCCCCCGACCAACGCAGCACCCCCUCCAUCCUCCAGUGGCAGCUUGCUGGUGGACGUGUUUUCAGAGCCUGCCUCGGCAGUGACCCAGCUCGCUCCUGGCUCACAAGAGAACUUUGCAAGGUUCGUCUGUAAGAACAACGGGGUGCUGUUUGAGAACCAGCUGCUGCAGAUCGGCCUGAAGUCGGAAUUCCGCCAGAACUUGGGUCGCAUGUUUAUAUUUUAUGGUAACAAGACUUCCACGCAAUUCUUAACCUUUACCCCGACACUAAUCUGUUCCGAUGACCUUCAGGCCAAUAUCCUUGCCUGUUGCCUCCCCGGUCACCGUCGCCUAGCUUCAGGCUCCUGGGAGACCAAGCCAGUGGACCCGACUGUGGAUGGGGGUGCACAGGUGCAACAGGUGGUGAACAUCGAAUGCAUCUCCGACUUCACUGAGGCGCCCGUCCUCAACAUUCAGUUUAGGUAUGGGGGAACCUUUCAGAAUGUGUCAGUCAAACUGCCCAUCACACUCAACAAGUUUUUCCAGCCCACGGAAAUGGCUUCCCAGGAUUUCUUCCAGCGCUGGAAACAGCUGAGCAAUCCCCAGCAGGAGGUGCAGAACAUCUUCAAGGCCAAGCACCCGAUGGAUCCAGAGAUCACCAAGGCCAAGAUCAUCGGCUUCGGUUCCGCUCUCUUGGAGGAGGUGGACCCUAACCCGGCCAACUUUGUGGGGGCUGGCAUCAUCCACACCAGGACGGCACAGAUCGGGUGCUUGCUGCGCCUGGAGCCCAACCUGCAGGCCCAGAUGUACCGGCUCACCCUUCGGACGAGCAAGGAGACCGUGUCCCAGCGUUUGUGUGACCUGCUGUCGGAGCAGUUUUAACGAACGGGGACGCGGAAUCAGUGCAGUUUGUGCGUGUUUUCCUCCUCAUUGUCUCCAUUAUCCCCCUGCAAAUAAACAUACCUUGUACCCCAGUGUCUGAAUAUUGCCGUGUGCCCGAGGACUCCCCCCACCCGCGGUCCGUCUAGCAGAUGGAGCGCAGAUGCGCGGUGUCGGAAGGGACUCGGCCCCCGUGCCAGCGGGACAGACGCUGUCCGAGACGAAUCUUCGCUUGCGUCUGCCGGGAGCGGAGGCUGCGGAGGAGGAGAGGCUUGGCCAUGAACAAGAACACUGAGCGUUUUCAGGGCGAUGGGGGUCAGGGUCUGAGCGCGGGGGACGGGGCAGUAACCACCCUCACCGCCGCAGCUGCUCGAUGGGGUGGCUCGUCCGGGGGCUUCUCUGCCACUUUUGUCUCGUCCGCCUGCCCGCCGCCAGGGUCCCAGGCAGCCCCGGGGCAUCUGCAGCGACCUCCUCGGGUCGCUAGCUUUUACAGCACGCAUGUAGGCAUGAGCUGGGCAAGGGUCAGCCUUCAGGAUCUCGUGGUUUCUCUGACUCCUUGGAGGAGAGGAGCCAUGGUUUGAGGCCACACAGAUGGGUGAGGCACCUGAUGGGCAAGCAGGUGCCCCUGUGUUAACCCUCAAAACGUGCCAUUCUCAGAAUCGUUAAGGGAAAUGGAGACACUUAGCCAGUGUGGUCCCCGGCUGUCCUUUGGGAGGGCGAUGGGCCUGGGGCGCUGGGAUGGGGCCGUAGCACCCAGAUUGGUGGGUUACUGCAAGCUGAGGACAGAGGGCCAGGUCCUGGGGCUGGGCAGCAGCGGGAGGCCCUUUCGUGCCCAUGCUCACACUGUGCAGCCCGAACAUGGGCUAAACCGUGGCCCAGACCCCGAGCAGACCCCGGCGUCCUCUCGUGCUCACCUGGCUUUGGUUUGUGUGGUUGGAGACUGGAUGCAGAAGGGAGGAAGGCUGAGGGUGGGCUGGGGCCGAAUGUCCCAAAGCGUGACCCCGCUUCCUUCCCGUGGACCCCCACCCCAACCGCAGGCGUCUGAACCCACAGAAGCUUUGUGUUGUGGUGCCGUGCCUCAGCCUUGCCGGAGUGAUGUGCCCUGUCCUUGAGCUCGUGGAAAUAGUAUUAUUGUUCAAAGUGCAGUAUUUAGGCAUCACCGUGUGAAAGGCACCGAGUGCUCUGCAGGACCCACCUUGUGCUGGCUGCCGCGGGGUGGCUUCUGCCAGGUGGACAUACCUAGCGUGGACAGUGACCAGCUCAGCCUAGUGUCUCUGCCCUCACCCCUUCCCCCCAGCACCUCCUUUACCCUCAGGACUCUCAUUAUGACAUUUUGAAAACCCGUGAAUUCGUCAGAAAAGUGUGUUAUCUUUUAAAAGAGAAAUAAAUGGCUAGAACAGA